AUGAACGGCAGCAACAAGACGCACUCAGUGCAUUUUGAUCCGUCCGUCCCGUCCUCGGAUCCAGACAGCGGCCGGUCGAGCGUCUUUACCGCGUCUGCCCCCUUCCCCAAUGCGCCCCCCGCCACAACGUCCGCUGCUUGUGGAGCUCCUUCCCCCGCACGCAAUAUUGUCGUGCACAAGAUCCUGCUGCAGACACUUGGCGAGCACUACGAAGACACGACGCUGGCAGCUGUGCAGAGCUUUGUGACGGGCGUGGACAAAUACUGCGCGAGCACUGAGAGCUUGGCGAGUCUGGGGAAAUCGCUCUACACGUCGUCAGCGCUGGUCUUUGCAGUGGACGACGUCAUGCGCGUGAUCUUGUGGAACGAUUGCGCUAUCAAGCUCAGUGGCUAUUCGAGAGAAGAGAUGGCAGGACGCAAUCUGUUGACGGAAGUACCGGACAUUGUGUCCCCUUCUACAGCCAAGAUACUCGCUGAUGCUCUUGCCCAUUGUGUAGCAGGAUCACGGAGAGAUAGCGUGGUGCUCGAGCUUACUGGUCGAAAACAGUCAAGGAUCACGUUGUUAGGGUCGUGCACGCCAUUGGUGGGCAAUCCUGUUGGAGCAGGAAUGCUCGUUUUCGCCCAGGAGUUGACCCAUUUACCAUUCACAUUGAUGAAAAAGGAGACUGUUGCAGAGACAUCUGUACUAUUAGACGAGAAGCAAGGAACAUCUAUCGAGACGCAAUCAGUUACUCUACCGGGUGCUACAGUGCCUUCUGAGCCGGCUGCCUUGCCGGAUGCUGCUACUGUUCCUGCCCUGUCUACAUCAGCUGGAUCAAAUGCGUCGUCGAUUCUGGGAUGGAGUGAAAUUGCACCAAACUAUUCGAUCGAGUGUGUGCUUGGUCAGGGAAGCUACGGACAAGUAGUGCGAUGCAAACACCUUCCGACGGGAGAGAUUGUGGCCAUCAAGAAGAUUCAGAAUGUGUUUUCGGACCCGAUUGAUGCCAAGCGUAUUUUGCGCGAGUUGUGCAUUGUGCGUCAACUGCGACACCCAAACAUUGUGCAGAUUCGAGAGAUUAUCGUGCCGCUUGACCUAGACCGUUUUCAGGACCUCUUUGUUGUGUUCGAGUACUUGCCGUCCGAUCUGGAAAAGUUGCUGCAUUCGCCGCAAUUUCUUACAGCUGAGCACUUGCGGUGGUUGCUGUUGGAUUUGCUGAAGGCACUGAAGUACAUGCACUCCGCGGAGAUUGUGCACCGUGACCUGAAGCCGGCCAACGUGCUGUUGAACCUCUCGCCCGUAGCCAUUAAGAUUUGUGACUUUGGCCUGGCACGCGGCCUUUCUUCGUCAACGUCUACUGCAGGGCGUAAGCGAAAGCGACUUGGUGAUGGUGCAACCCCGGACGAGAGUACGCUACAAGGCGUUGGCGUGCAUCCGCGCACGCCUGCUCGACGCAUCCAGCGUCAACUUACAGAGCACGUGGUCACACGCUGGUACCGUGCACCUGAGAUUAUUUUCCGCGACCACGAUUACUCAGCCGCUAUCGAUGUUUGGUCGAUCGGAUGCAUAUUUGCGGAGCUAUUGAGUAUGCAGAAAAGCAGUGUCCCAUCACACUACCAGCGCGAACCGCUUUUUCCUGGCGUAUCGUGCUUUCCUCUAAGUCCUGGUGCGGGUCAGGUCGCGCUGCCGCAAGAUAGUCGUGACCAGUUGAACACGAUCUUAGACGUGCUUGGGACGAUGGGGGAAGACGACAUAGCAGAAAUUGCAGAUCCUGACGUGCAGUUCUAUUUGCGCAGUCUUCCACCUCGACCGAAACGCAACUUGCAGGAGAUGUAUUCUGGCGCCGAACCAGAGGCAAUUGAGUUGCUUACGUGGAUGCUCAAAAUGAAUCCACGCAAGCGUGCAACUUUGGAUGAAGCGCUAUCGCACAAGUACCUGGCCAGUAUUCGCUCGCUUGAGGAGGAGAUUGUGGCUCCUGGCACAAUUCAGCUUGAGUUUGAUGAGAAGAAGAUGAAUGUUACGGAGAUCCGACGACGGAUGGUGAAUGAGAUUCGGUUUUACCACCCCACGGCUGGUACAAAUGCAGUGUCGAGCUCUGUUGCACGAGGAGCACAGCCGGAUGGCGAUGUAGGCAAGAUGAAGAAGAAGGCUAAACAAGGUUGA